GCGCGCUAUAAAACCUGCGCCGGUGGCGCUGGGGAGGACAGGCGUGCAGAGCCAAACUCCAGCGGAGGAAGUCUCGUUUUGUGAAAGCGGGAGGAAAAAGCCUGAGCAUGCAGAGUGCGCAGAGCAUGAGUCCCUGUCUGCCCAAGCGGUGCCUUUGCCUGGCUUUCCUGCUCCUCCAUCUCCUGGGACAGGUCGCUGCGACUCAGAGCUGCCCCACCCCGUGUCCGGCCCAGUGCUCCAAGACGCCGCCGACCUGCGCCCCUGGGGUGAGAGCGGUGCUGGACGACUGCUCCUGCUGUCUGGUGUGCGCCCGCCAGCGCGGCGAGAGCUGCUCCGAGAUGGAGCCGUGCGAGGAGAGCAACGGCCUCUUCUGCGACCGCAGAGCGGACCCCAGCGCCCAAACGGGCAUCUGCAUGGCGGUAGAAGGAGACAACUGUGUGUUCGAUGGGGUCAUUUACCAAAGCGGAGAGACCUUCCAGCCAAGCUGCAAAUACCAGUGCACCUGCAGAGACGGGCAGAUUGGCUGCAUACCCCGCUGUGAAGAGGACCUGCUGCUGCCCCAGCCUGACUGCCCGGCUCCCAGAAAAGUGGAAGUGCCCGGGGAGUGCUGUGAAAAGUGGAUCUGUGACUCAGCUGAGAAGGGAGACUUAGGGGACCUCCUCGCCCUUCCAGCCUACAGGACAGAAGCCACUGUAGGAGUUGCAGUCUCUGACUCCAGUGUCAACUGCAUUGAACAGACCACAGAAUGGAGUGCAUGUUCCAAGAGCUGUGGCAUGGGUUUUUCCACUCGGGUCACCAACAGGAAUCCACAGUGUGAGAUGGUGAAGCAGACUCGGCUGUGCAUGGUGCGGCCCUGUGAGCAAGAGCACAAGCAACCAACAGACAAGAAAGGGAAAAAGUGUCUCCGCACCACGAAGUCACUCAAAGCCAUCCACCUGCAGUUCAAGAACUGCACGAGCCUGCAUACCUAUAAGCCCAGGUUCUGUGGGGUUUGCAGUGAUGGCCGGUGCUGCACCCCCCACAACACCAAAACCAUCCAGGUGGAGUUCCAGUGCGCCCCAGGGCAAAUCAUCAAGAAACCAGUGAUGGUCAUCGGGACCUGCACCUGUCACAACAACUGUCCUCAUAACAACGAGGCCUUCCUCCAAGAGUUAAAGCCGAACACCAGCAGAGGGAAGAUGUAACCUGUAUCCCUCGAGAGGCACACCCACAGAGGCAAACUGUAGCUGCCCACCAUCAAAUGAAUAUAAGAAAAAUGAUGAAGAGUUAUUAUUUCACCCCUGAGUCCUAUGUAUUUUCUGUGGUCGUAUGAGGUCAGUUAUAUCUGUCUUUUUUUAAUGAAAGAUAUGAUUAACAGUAACCUUGGAAUCAAGGUAAGCUCAGGAUAGUGCUUAGGGAUGGCUGACUUUUCCGUGGUGUUUAUUCCAAAAGAAAAUCUCUACAAAUUUAAGAAAGCAGACAUAUGUUUUACUGUGUAGACUCUAGCGCAUUCCACCCAUCUUAUUUUGUUAUACACUUGUGCAAUUUCAAGAAAAUGACACUGUAACGAAUGACUCAGUGAAGUCCAGGAUCUUACUGAAGAUGUCAAAUAUUUCACCAUAUAUUGAGGUUUGACUUGAUUCUCUGUUGAGCUCUCUCUUUGUGGAGCUCAACUCUGAACUUCCAAGUCCGAGAUCUGAGGAAACAAAAAGCUCUCAACUUGAAAUCCAGAGGUUUCAAGAUUUAGUUUUCUGUUUAGUUAUUCACUAGGAAACUAGAGGUAUCUGCAGUAAUGGAGUUUGUUGAUUAAGUGGACUGGUGUCAUAAGCAUUUCAGACAGAUUGACUCCUUUCCAAUAGAAAGAAGCUGAACAGAAGACUCCCCCUAAUACGGAGAUGGCCAGACCCUCGCAGCCCUCAUCCUUUUGUACCUGCUGGAGGCCACUGGGGCUGGCUAGUUUUUUAAUUCAGAAGAAGCAGAGCAUAUCAGCAGAGAUCCUCUCAUCUUACUGAUAAGUAAACUGAGGCCCAAAGCACCCGAUGACAACCUUUGAUGACUUCCAAAUGUGCUUGUAGUGGAAUUUUAAAAAAGAAGGAUGGAAUCGACAUGACCGUGGUGGCAAGAGACGACAAAUUUUAUGGGACUCUAGGAUUAUUGUAGACAUGCCCAAAACUUAUCCUUGGGCCAUAAUUAUGCAAACUCACGAACAAGAUCUGCGUGUAUCUAAUUUGUCAGGCUAUCAGAUAGGCUGCAAACUUAAAUGUAUACAUUCUUCUAAUGUCACCAUAUGUGUUCAGCUUUUCUCCUUUAAUGUAUUUAUAUAAAUGUAAGUUAUACAUUUUUUAAAAUAUUCUUUUUACUUCUCUACUUGUCAGACAUCACUAAAUAAACAUGAUCUUAUCAAUGUGUGA